AUGUUCUUUGCUAGUACACACGCUGAAACUGAUGAGGAAUUGCUCCUUCAAUUUAUCAAGGAGAACCCCCUGGGUAUGCUCAUUACAGGCAUUGAAUCGUCCGCCCAGGACUUUCUCCAAUGUACCCACGUCCCCUUCGUGCUAGACCCCCCCAAGACCGAAGAGAACCCAUCAUCCAACCCACAACUGCGUGCCCAUAUUGCGAAGCAGAACCCCCAUGCCAAAACCAUGCUUGAGCUUACCAACGGAGCGCCACCGAAUAUCCUUCCGCUCGAACGCGAUGUCCUGGUGGUGUUCAACGGACGCCAUGAUCACUAUGUGACUCCCAAAUUCUACACCGAGACGAAGCCUGACACCGGCAAGGUGGUCCCAACAUGGAACUACUCUGCCGUUCAAAUCUACGGAAAGCUCUCCCUGUAUUAUGAUUCCAGGACCCCAGAGGCGGGUGCCUUCCUAUGGAAGCAGAUGCACGAUCUGUCGGAACAGUGCGAGCGACGGAUCAUGGGAUUCACCGGAGGAGACCGGCCGCAGCCAUGGAAGGUUGCAGAUGCACCUGAGCGAUACAUCGAGCUGAUGCAGAGGAACGUGGUAGGGAUCCGGAUUGAGAUUACCAAGAUUGAGGGCAAGUACAAGAUGAGUCAGGAGAUGAGGCCAGGGGACCGGAACGGCGUGGUUAGGGGGUUUGCAGCCAUGGGCGGGGAAACAGGACAAGCUAUUUCAGCUUUGGUUCAGGAACGAGGGGAGUUGAUUGAUAAGAAGAAGGCACUAAAGUCCGCUUCGAUAGAAUAG